AUGUCUCUCUUCAGAACCAUUCCCACUGGCGGCGACUUCGCCCCCCUCUUCCGCCUCCUGGACGACUAUGAUGUCCACCGCUCAAACAAGCAGACAUCUGUUCGCUCCUUUUCUCCUCGCUUCGACGUUAGAGAAAGCGAGGAUGGAUACCACCUCGACGGCGAACUCCCCGGUGUCGAUCAGAAAGACAUCGACAUUGAAUUCUCCGACCCCCAGACCUUGGUAAUCAAGGGCCGGGUUGAGCGCUCCACCCACACCGAAUCCGACGACAGCGAGCCUCAGAGCGAAGGCGAAAAGCAAGUGUCCAAGACCGACAGCAAGCACCGAUACUGGGCGACCGAACGCUCUGUCGGCGAGUUCCUCCGAACUUUUGCUUUCCCGACUCGCGUCGACCAGGACAGUGUCAAGGCUAGUCUGAAGAAUGGCAUUUUGUCCGUGACUGUUCCCAAGUCUACUACUUCGGGAACUAAGAAGAUUACUAUCGAGUAA